CAUUACUCUGUCACGUUGAUCCCCUGAGACACAAUCACCCAUGAUGUUGGAUGGCACAGACACAGACACACUAAUUGCUAUGGUGCUUAGUAUGCUCGUGGUCACCCACCCUGGUAAUGAUGUUAUACUUGAGGCAUUGGUCGAAUGCGGCGGGGACGCGCGCGCCACUGCCGAUGUCAUCAAUGCACGGUCAUACAAGACACGCGACGCGACGCCCACCAACUCAACGAAGAGAAAGCUCGCCUCAUCUGACCUGAAUGGUUGGAUUAAUCCUGGAACUGCAACUUCUGAAAAGCCGCCGAGCGCUAAGAAACGGAAGGACGUGCAAUCCCCCAUUAAGUUACAGAAACUCACUGUCCCGGCAAGUUCUGCGAGUACCACAGCGAAACCCGUCGUGAAUCUUAUGCAAGUCUUGCGGAGCCCUCCCACGUCCAAAUCUUCAGUAUCGCGAUUACCACCCCUUACGCUCUCGAACCCAUCUAUGGUCGCGGAACACACGCCUUGUACUCUUCAUACCUCCAUUCUACCACCGGAACUUGCUUGCAAACUAUUUUACUUCAUGGUAGACUUGUCUCAGUCUUGGAAGCGCAACCGGUGGUGGCUAUUUGACCGGGUAGUGGAGAGCCCUCAUCGGACAUCGUUUUUUGUGAGGAAACAGAGUGAAGGCCACUCGUGGCACGAAGCCGCUCAGUACUGGUACAACGGCCGCCCUACUGAUCCUCCUGAUGCAUUCCCGGAUCUUAUGGAGGAAGCCUGCCAUUACAUCGAAAACAUUGUGAAUGAAGACAUGCUCAAACGCGGUAGGUUGCCUCUCGAGUGGGCUGGUCACCAGCCAGGGGAAAAACUGUGGCACGCGAACGUUGCCGCCGCGAAACUCGUCGGUCCCCACUCUGACCAGCUAACUUACCUUGGGCCCUAUCCUACCAUAGCAUCGCUGAGUCUCGGUACGACACGUACGUUUCGCCUACGCGAGUCAGGCAAACGACAGGCCAGAACGUUCAACGUUCCCUUACCACAUAAUUCUUUGAUUAUCAUGCAUGCAGCGACGCAGGAGUCGUAUAAACAUUCGAUCCCGCCCCAGUCAGUCUUGGAUCUAUAUCGACCACUCUAUCCUCAUCCAUCGAGGCCGACGUCGCCGCUGGAGCCAUCCAAUUGCAGGAUUAACAUCACCUUCAGGUUUUACCGUCCAGAUUUCAAUCCACAGAGCAUUCCGAGGUGCAAAUGUGGUGUUCCUACAAUUCUGCGAGCCGAUAUGAAGAAUCGACACGAUGGCAAGACUGACAGGUACUGGUGGACUUGCUACGCUGGCGCGCAGAACGAUGGGAAAGGCUGCGAUUUCUGGCGUGUCAUGGAUAUGAAGAUGGAGGGUAGAGGGCCCACAUUUGCCGACCGUUCUGGGGUGGCUUCGAACAAUGAAACUUUUUUUCCACACCGGAUCAUGGUUUGAGACCAGUGGUGCGGGUGUUCUGAAUUUUGUUUGUGACUACAUAAUGUCGUCAAGGAGAAAUCCAAUUUACGAUGCUCCCAGGGC